GACUUGGAUCUUCUCUUACGAAGACAGACCAUCAACCAUCGACAUCAAGGCAACCACCUCGACAAGUUGCCCAACAUGUCGCUCGUCUCAGGGGAGAAGACGAACUUCCAGUUCAUUCUCCGACUUUUGAACACCAACGUUCGCGGUCAGGAGAAGGUCAUGUACGCGCUCACCAAGAUUUCUGGUGUUGGCCGUCGUUACUCCAACAUUGUGUGCAAGAAGGCCGAUGUCGACCUGAACAAGCGCGCCGGUGAGCUCACCUCUGAAGAGCUUGAGCGUAUCGUCACCAUCAUCCAGAACCCCACCCAGUACAAGAUUCCCGGCUGGUUCCUCAACAGGCAGCGCGACAUUGUCGACGGCAAGGACUCCCAGAUCCUCGCCAACGGUGUCCACUCCAAGCUCCGUGACGAUCUUGAGCGCCUCAAGAAGAUCCGCGCCCACCGUGGUCUCCGUCACUACUGGGGCCUCCGUGUCCGCGGUCAGCACACCAAGACCACUGGUCGCCGUGGCCGUACCGUCGGUGUGUCCAAGAAGAAGGGUGGUUAAGCGUAUCGCUGUUGUUGAAGGGAGACGGCAGGGAGGAUUCGGUCCGGAGGGCAAAAGGCGUGACACGGCUUGGUUUUCUUCCCACCUUGAUUCCUUGCGUUACAUCAUCACAUCCAUUGGGGGAUUGCUAUUUGGGCCAUGCGAUGACAUGCGGAUGGUGGUUCUCGAAAAUGAGUUCGCCAGACCAAAACAAAAGAAUCAAAACUGCGUCUUCCUGU